GUUGACUGCCUGCUUCUAACGAGAGGGAACGACGGCGACCCGUUGGCCGACUCGUGCGACGCGAUCCGCGACUUCGUGGACAUGGCCUUCUGCACGUCGCGGCUGCGGUCCGUGCCGGGGGCGGCCACAGCGGACCGGCCAGGUCCUUAUGGCGGCGGACCUGGCGGCCGCGCGCGCCGGGCGGGGAUUGAGACCAACGACCCGGCCACGCGGGACGCGCUGGAGGCGUGCGGGAUGCUGUACAGCGCGGCCUCUGUGCCCGCGCUGCGGCUCCUGCGAGGGUACGCGGCGGCGCGAAGCUGGGGCGCUGCGCGCACGCUGCUGCUGCUCACCGGGCAGACCGGCAUCGGGUGUGAGGCCACGUUCGCGGGCUUCGCCUCCGCGGCUGGCCGGAUGGCCGCCGCCAACCGGGAGUUCGACCAUCUCUCCACCAUGGCCACCGCCCUGCUCAACAAGGUCAGCUAACCGGCCGGCCGGUGCGCGGGCGCCCCGCUGGUGUAGUGGCGCGGCUUGCGCACCACGGCGACGUAGCUGCUGGUUCUUCUGGCGCCUGAUAAACUGUGCGAUGAACCACUAAUGCACUGCUGAUUCCCUUUCCUUGUCGGUUGCAGCUUCUCUCGGUCCCAGCUCUAGCUUUACUUACCGUUGCUUUGGCGAUUUCUCUUCGGUUAGAGAUGGCGAGCAAGGUGGCGGACCUCGCCGCGGAGCGCCCUGCACCUCGCCGCGGCCAGUGGCCGCCUCGAGGUCAGCAGAUUCCUGGUGAAGGAGCUGGGGUUCGGUCUCGACUCCGCCUGCGCCGCAAGUGCGUGCGCCUUCGCUGAAAUCAUCAUGUGCCGAAGCACCAGCCUUGUAUCCACUGACAUCGUCGCGGCAUCGCCUUCGUUAGAACGAUGCAGAGAGAAAUAGAGAGCUAGGUGAAGGCGCGAAUGGAGACGGAAGACGGAGGCUGACGGAAACCGGGCCGGAGGGCGCGCGUGGGGUGGCCUGCACGGAUUCAGGAGUUCGGGGGCGUUCCUUGGCCGGUUUCAUAUUUGGGGGUUGUAACUUGGACUCCACGAAGAGUUUGAGGGGGUAAUGUGGACUUCUUCCAUAACUAAAUGGCACAAACCUGCAGGUGGAGCGUGGCAUGGUUGUUAAUGCUAGAACCAAAUCCUUGGCACAUCACCUCCAGUCCCUAGAGAUGGUCGGAGAUCACCAAGUCCCCGUACAGGAAUCGCUCAUCGGGUGGCGGACGCGACCGCGGGUGGGUGCGAAGGUGGACGGCGAUGCGGGGGCGGCGGGCUCGGCAGCGGGUGGGGGCGUGGAGGACGCAGCUGCGGAUAUGGGCGGGCUGGCGGCGUGGAAGGCGGGGGCACGACCACGGGCGAUGGGCUGGCGAUGCGGAGGCGGAGCGGCCGGGGAGGCGGAGGGGCGGCAUAGGGGCAGGA